AUGCGUGACUUCACAAAGAUAAUUUUGACUUUUCUUUUGAAGAUAAUGUUUGUGUCAAUUUUGUAUUUGACUCUAUCUGGAUUCCAGCACUUUCUUAUCAAUUAUGACUCCUUUAUUUCUAGGACUAUUUAUUUGUUUAUUAGCCACUUUUCAGUGUCAUUCCUCCCUCCAGCUCCCUCUGUGGCUUUACAAAGGGAUGUGUCAGGAAGCGGAUGCUUAGCAGGGAACCUGUGUGUGUCUGGACAGUGUGAGUCUGAAUUAGCCCUCAGGUCUGUUACAGACAGCACAGCAAACAGCAGAGUCGGUUCAGCAUUGGCUGCUCACGUUUCAUCUGAUGCGAAUCAGCCUGACUCUCUGAGGCAUGAAGUUUUCUGUCAACUGCUGCUUUGGUUGUUUUGUAAGGAUUUUAUGGACUUCUGUCAGUUCUGGAAAUUUGCAUUCAUUCUUUUAGCUGCAUUCAUUUUUAAUGACCUAAGUGCUUGUCUCUAA